AUGACAAAUUCAACGAAUGUUGAUCAUGAAUUAGCAAUAACAAUUGGUAAAUUACAUAUGAAUACAAAAAAAAAAUGUAAAACUGAACUUGAAAAUCAAAUGGAUGCUAUUCGUGCCGAAGAAAAACGGAAGGAUGAAGAAGCAUUAGCUGCACUUAAAGAAACUGCAGCAGCAGCAACAACAGCAGCAACAACAGCAACAACAGCAGCAACAGCAGCACAGCAAGAAGUAGAAAAGAAAAUGAAUGAAAUGAAAAGAAAAUAUAGUUCUAAAUAA